AUGGGAGAAGAAUCGGAGAACUUCAAGAUUCAUCACAGUGAAAAUCCAGGAUUAAGCCUGGUUACAAAUCUUCUAGAUGGAACGAAUUUUCUCUCCUGGAGUAGAUCUGUCAAAUUAACCCUGGGGGUUAAAAUGAAGAUGGGCUUCAUUACCGGAGAAGCUGUCAAACCUACAGAGGGUGGAAAAGAACUCGAACAGUGGAUAAGAUGCGAUAAUCUGGUGACAUGUUGGAUAUUGAACUCAAUAUCCAAGGAUAUAGUCGAAAGCUUUAUGUAUACUAAAACUUCAAGAGAUCUAUGGAUUGAGUUGGAAACAAGGUUUGGACAAAGCAACGGUCCGAUGAUAUAUAGGCUGAAGAGGGAGAUGAUCUCAGUCACUCAAGGCACCCUGUCUGUAUCUGCUUAUUUCAGCAAACUAAAGAAAAUAUGGGACGAGUUGGAUAAUAUUGUACCAACUCCAGAAUGCAGCUGCGGUGCAAUGAAAAUCAUUUCAGAAAUGAAAGAGUCAGACCAGUUGAUGCAAUUCUUAGUAGGAUUGAAUGAAGUUUUUGAUCAGACAAGAAAUCAAAUCUUGAUGAUGGACCCACUCCCAAACACAAGCAGAGCUUACUCUAUGGUACUGAAAAUGGAAAGCCAAAGGGACAUCACUCCCAGCAAUGUGUGCCCACCACAAAAUAUGGCAAUGCAAGUCAUAAGAACAAUUGAAAAACCAAAGGGAUUUCAGAAAAGAAGAAACAACAUUGACAAGAAAUCCCAGAUUUGUAAGCAUUGUGGGAAGACCGGACAUACAAAGGAGGUUUGCUUUGAAAUCUAUGGCUUUCCAGAUUGGUACAAGAAUCUGAUUGAACAAAAAAAGGGGAACAAUAGGGCCUUGGUAGCUGCAGAUUCUACAGAACAAGUACAUAAUGCAACCAGUGAAGGGACUGUUGCUGAGAUAGUGAGAACCGAGCUCCAGAAAUAUUUUGGAGGAAUAGAACACGGAGCAUCUACAAAUAACAGCAUUACAGGAGCUGAAUACGCUGGUAAAUGUUCUAAAACUUCUUUGGUUAACAAGCUAUGCUCCAACUUAUGGGUUAUAGACAGUGGUGCUACCACACACAUGUCCAAUAAUCUAGCCUUUUUUGACAAACUUUAUACUAACAAGACUAAUUCUUCUAUUCAUCUUGCAGAUGGUACACAACACUCUGUCAUUAAGGCAGGGAACAUACUUUUAUUUGAUAAAAUCCCUUUAUAUGAUGUUGCUUAUGUUCCUAAAUUGAGGUUUAAUCUUCUUUCUGUUAGCAAGCUGUGCUGUAAAUCUGAUAUUACUUUUAAGUUCUUCCCUACCUAUUGUGUAAUGCAGGACCAGAGGACUAAACAAAUCCUCGGAGUAGGAAGCCUUAUAGGGAAGCUAUACAUCCUUGACAGCCACUCUAUGCAACAAGAACAUGUAAAUAGGAUUCUAGCUUCAGACACUGAUCUUAGCUUGAAUGUAUCUAGCACGAAUUAUGAAGUAUGGCAUAGAAGGCUAGGCCACAUUUCAGACAAUGUAAUGGUUCACAUUGGAUAUGCUAACAAUCAAAAGGGCUAUAGACUUUAUGACAUCAAGAAAGGAGAAAUCAUUGUAUCUAGAGAUGUUGUUUUUCAAGAACAUAUUUUUCCAUAUAUGGGACAGCAGACUGAUCCUAUAACUUGCUCUAUACCUGCAUUAGAUUCUGACAUUGACUUGUUGGAUAAUGAAGAUGAUCCUGCUGAUAACAAUGACCCUCCACCUCAUCCACUACAGGAACAGACCUUAACUACAGAACCUGAACCUUCUAAUAUACUUCGAAGAUCAUCUAGGACCAUCACUAGACCUGCAAAAUUGCAGGAUUUUAUAUGUUCUCAAGUUUCAGAACAACCGGACUUAUUGACUGCUACUUAUACUAGAGACAUGCAUGCUUGUUUUCUUGUAGCCUCUUCACAUGAACAAGAACCAAGAACUUACAACCAAGCUAUUAAAAGAAAAGAAUGGAAAGAAGCCAUGAAAACAGAGUUGGAUGCUUUAGAAAAGAAUAAUACAUGGGACAUUGUUAAAUUACCUAAUAACAAGAGAACAAUAGGUUGUAAAUGGGUCUAUAAACUCAAGCUUAACUCAGAUGGCACCAUUGAUAGAUAUAAGGCAAGUUAG